AUGAGGGCAGAAUUGGUGCAGGCACGCGCGGCGUCAGCCGGUGGCUGUCAAGAGGGUGGAGACGUGGCGGGCAACGUCCCUGAGGCGGCGCGAGCUCGGGCGGAGGCAGCUCAGCUGGCGAGGGAAAAUGCCGCGCUACGAGAAACAGUUCUCGCGCUACAUUCGGAACUGUUCGGUGCUAGAUUAGCGACGAAGUAUUUGGAUAAGGAGUUGGCCGGACGCAUACAACAACUGCAGUUGCUGGGCAGCGACAUGCGAGCAGAACUGAGAGAUUCUCUCUGGGCGCAGGUGGAAGCGGAGAUCUUGCUGCAGCGGCACAAGACCCUAGUGCGCGUGUGCCGCGGCACCUCCCCCCGGCCCCCGCGGCCCGCCGCCCCUCUCCGCGCCAGACCGCGCACCGUGCGCGUGCGACGAUCGCCGCAUCUCGGCCUCGGCAUCUCGGUCACGGGCGGUCGCGAGCACGGCGUGCCCAUCCUGAUAUCGGAGUUGGAGUCGGGAGGUCCCGCCGCUCUGACGGGACAGUUGUACGUCGGGGAUGCCAUACUGGCCAUCAACGACGUCGACCUGACGCAGGCGUGCCACAAGGAAGCCGUGCAGGCGCUACAGAGCGUUAAGGGCGACUGCGCACUUUGCGUGCAGUACAUCGCCACCGACGACGAGGACAGGCUCUCCGAAGACAACUACAGGUUUCCCUUGUAUCCGGAAGACGGUGAAGAAUACUGCGACGAGAGGGACGGCCAUGGAGUGACUCCCACGGCACCGAGGACUCCGGAAUAUAACCACAGAUGCAACUCGGAGGAGAGAUCGCGCAGCGGCAGCGAAUCGCGCUUCGUGGUGUUCGGCCCCCCCACCGGCCCCACCGGGCCCGACAACGCCCCUUACCCCGACUACAACAACAUCAACAACAACCUCGACAUCCUCGACAUGGACGACGACUCCAUUAAGAUCGAAGCGAGGCUCGAGAUGGUGAAGCUGGAGGAGGUCGCGGCGAGACGGAGUCCGGCCCCGUCCGCCUCGCCCGGCUCGACGCCGGUGCACCUCGCCAGGACCUCGCUCAAGAAGAGGAAGGCCCUGGACUGGAGGACGAAAGGCGCGUACAGCGCGGUGUCCGUGGAGGGAGUGUCGUCGGACGAGCCGGGGGGUGAGGCGGACGCGGCGCGCGCUCGCGAUUGGCGCUCGAGGGGCUCCUACGCCGCCCUAAAGCAGAGGCACCGCUCCGACGACGAAGCCCCGGACGACCGGCCUCGAUCCGGUGCCACCUGCGACAACGAAGCGCCCGUCGGUCGAGAAGUGACGAUAGCUCUGAGCGCCGCCACCGCCUGCACCCCUGCCGUCUCGACCGUGAGUUCGGUGGCGUCGGAGAUCGCUUCCGCAUCUUUUGCCGUCGACCGCAAGGCGGCCGGGGCGACGGCGCCGACCGGUCUCGACGACAAAGGAAAGCUGAACGGCGACCCGAAGCCGAGGAAAGAAAUUAAAAAUUUCAGGAUAGGUUCGGCGCGUCGCGUGGAGGCUCACGGCCUCUUCGUGAACGGUGACGGAGACCCCGACUUCGGGACUCCCGUUUGA